UCUAUAUACUUUCUUAAAGUAAGAAAAGCAUAAACUAGCUUUAUCCAUCAACUAACUUUGCUGAUACAGCUUCCAAAAGUAGGGUUUGUAAUAUAUUAGUGAUAUGGCCAAUGUAAAAUGCUUUCUCGUCUAACCAAUAAUAACCAAUGCCAUAGUUGCGGUCCGUCCAGAGUCUGACUGGUUGUUUUGUGUGGGCAGGUGGACAUGUCUAGUGCUUCUUCAGAGAGUCCCCACUGGCUGCAGCUGGUUCAGGCUGCCAGAGACGCUGAUGAGCAGAACCUGGAGGCGUACGUGAAGGAUGGACAGCUGUUCUUCAGAGUCCUGAGAACAGUCAAGAGGGAUUCAGAACUGCUGGCAUGGUACAAGAAGGAUCUGUCCCAAAUACUGAAUCUCAUCUCAACAGAGUCAAAAGGUAGGAUUAGACAUAAAAAAAAAAAACAUUGUAGAUACUGCAAGGACAAUGUUGAUUUCGAAAUGUUGUAUUAUUGUUUUCAUUUGUAUUACCAGAAGAAUUUUUGUUUGAAAUUGAAUAUGUGUAUACAUUUAGCAUUCAGUGUGAUAAGCAAUUGCAUGUGCAAUGGUACAGCAUCUGAUGAAUUUAUUUAAAUUGCAUUCACUGCCUCAUCCUCAUCAAAUCCUUUUGUUUUUGUCUUUUUUUUUCUAGGCGUUCGCCCUACACGUGCCCUUUCUGCAAACAGAGUUUUCACUUUGAGUACCCUCUCCUGGCGCACCAAAGGUUCCUUUGCGAGGAGAGGUUCUUAAGUCUCACUGCUGGCAGGGUCUCCAAAGUGAGCCCUCAUUCCCAAAGGGCCAAGCCUGCGACGACAGACUUCCACAAUCUAGCACGAGACCUGGAGAAUGAGCGCGCUCCAGCGAGCCAUGAGGAGACCGGAGGAAACAACAAGAGAAAAUGUUCCGAGGUGGAAAACGACCACAGGGAAGAGGAUCUGUCCUCUUCCGCGUCCAAAGGAGAUCAGUCGGUGAAGAGAGUGUGUGUUCAGAGGACGUCGAAUCAGCUGAUCAUUCCGGUGCCGUUCAAGAGCAACUCGAGCAAGACCAGCGCGGUCAGCUGUGUCAUCGCUUCCCAGACAAGCUCAAAGGGAAGUCCCGAGGUAAAGAACAUCACAGGCUCCGAGGGUCUCAAACACUUGAACUCCAAACCUAAAAAGAGCUGAUAAAGGCAUCUACGCCCUCAUCUCGCAGCGAUGCCUGCUCCACGAAGGACUCCAUCAGCUCGGGAGCGGAGGUGAGGAAGAGUGCCUUCGUCCAGCCACCCCGUUCGUUCCCCCAGACCCAUCACCCCAUGGUGAUGACUCUCCCCGCUGCCCGCGCCCCCCAGCUGCCCUUCGCCACCUCCAAACUCCAGAGCUCCGUUUUGCUCCAGGCCGCGAUGCACAAGCAAAGCUCUCUGCUCUUCAGCCCCAGGGUUUGGCCCAGACCCCUGGCACCGACCCUGGGCCUCCGAAAGACCGCCGGCGCGCCCCACUUCUACCCGCUGUCGCCCCUCUCUUCCAUCAGCCUCCCAGCCCAGAACUGGUGUGCCAAAUGCAGCAUCUCCUUCCACAUGACUUCCGACUUGGUGCACCACAUGCGGUCCCACCACAAGGGGGCGCUGUCCACAGACCAGGGGGCCAGGCUGCACAGGGAGGACAAACUCAGGUGUACCAUCUGCAAGGAGUCUUUCAGGGAGCGCCACCACCUGUCCCGUCACAUGACCUCCCACACAUAAGCCUGUCUCCAGGGAAACUACCUCUCGCCCAAUAUCUUCAGCCCACGCAUGAUGCCAUGCUGCUGCCCCCAUCACAGUGGCAAGUACAGGUGACCUCUGGGUGAAGUGCAACAUAAUCACUGAGCUCAAAGAUGAGCAAAAAAAAAAAAUCAGUUUGUCAUUUUGCUUGCUUCAAAAUAGAUAACCUACAAAAGACUUGCAAUGUUCUCUAACUGCAUGGACGGAGUUUGUGUUUUUGAGUAAUGGAAUUUUCCUUUUUCAUGAAGUUUUUAGGCAGAUAUUGUUAAUAAUUUGAUAUUAAUAAUUUAUUAUUUGUAUCCACUCAAUGAUUGAACUGGGGCCAGCAGCACUCAAUGGGCAAGACUCUGCCCAUCUUAACCACUAGAUGGUAGUAGAGUGCUACGAAUAAUGAUCACAGGCAAUGCACAAUGAUGAAUUGCAUUUUUGAGACACUUUGUCUUG